UACUCACUUUGCCAGGAUUAAGCUGAUUUGAAAGUGAACAUUUAGGGUUGUUUGAGGUGAACAGAAAGCUGUUAUUGGACGUUGUCGGAAGGACACUAACUACCUCAGAAGAUGCUUUUUUGUGGACUACUCUACAACUGCCUCUCUGAAACGCAUCGAUAGAAUGAGUCAAGACAAUACAAGGAUAGAAAAGAACCUGGACUUUGGCUUUUCAAGCAAGGCGUAUGGGUCCUCGAGGAGUAUUGUGAGAAGAAUAGCCACCAAUCUUCCCCUUAAACCAUGCCCCAGGGUCCAUUUUCAGCUCAAUCCUUACACUGAAGGUGGUAGUGUCCUGAACAGUGCUGGGAGACAGAAUGGACUGGUUGCCUCUUUCGUCUGGAUCGACAGGGAAGAGGAGGAAGAUGAAAAUGACUGGUUUGGAUUUGGUAGACCGAGGUCAGAAGCACCGUCAGGGCUCAUGUUCCGUUCUCACCCACCUCAGCCCAAACAACAACCUUUGCCCAGACGUAGAUCAUUACCCAGCCUGCACCAGGCCGAGCCAGAGCCCCAGCGGAGCUUCUCAGUCAUUGGCCUCAUCCAGGAGCGCCGUGGGAAGAAGACAGAGGGCCAGACUCUGCUGCACCAGGGGCCCAAGCAGGCAGAGGUCCCCAACAUGCUGGAUGUGCUUAAAGACAUCUGCAAAGUCAAGCUGCGCCCCGCUAAGAGCCGGCCAGAGGAGAGCCAAGCCAAGCCUAGUGAGUCCACAGAUGCUGCGUCUCUCAUCGCUAAUGCCUUGAAGCGCAAGUUUGCCCAUCGCUAUCACCACAACAGCAAUGAGGACAAGGAGUUUGACUUCCCAGCCUCUGAACUGAAACCUUUCUGUUCUGAAUUCCCCAAGACCGAUAAAGUAGAGGUUCCCCUGGUAAGGCAGUACCGGUUGAAAACCCCAGCCCUUGUAGUGAAACUACACCCAGAGACACCCUUGUUUGGGCAGCACAUGUUGAAAUCUACUGGCCAGAGAAAGCUCCUCUGAGCACCCACAGAGAUGGUUUGAGUUCUGGACCUCCAGACACCCAUGGACACUUAAGUGCCUUAUCAACCUGUUUGUCACCGGUCUCUGUGGAUGGCCAUGUUGUUUCUGACUAGAUAUGCAAUCAAUCUACUCACCAACAGUAUUGCAUUGCCUGAGUCUUCAGUUCUUGCACUUUGAUAACAUAUAUAUUUGUUUCAUUUAAAUUGAUGCCAGUUUUGAAGUCUUCGAUCUUAAAUUAGGACGGUCCAAGAUUGGUUGUCAGAUUUUCUUUUAAUGUAGAUUUUUGUACCACAAUUAAAUUCCAAUGACAUUCACCAGUGUUGUGUUCUGGAUAUAGUCUAACAUAACUGACAACUGUUAAACUACAUGUAUUAAAGGGAAUUUAUGGGAUUGAACAGUUUCUAACUGCACAGAGACAAAGGCUUAUCCAUGCCCUUUUCAAGGCAGUUUUAUUUUUGCCUCACUGGGUCUUUGUCUACUUCUUACUAGGGAUAGAGAUGUAUGCAGAGAAGAGGGAUCAUUUUUGUAAAUUGCAUCCUAGUCAGUUAAAUGUAUUUCUAGUUAAUACUUGUCAAGUUGUAGUUGCUACCAAUUAUCAAAGCGUCCAUGGUUGAUUUAAUUGUAUUUCAUCUUAGACUGGAUCGCUUUGAGUUGUACCUCACUAUGCAGAGUGGACCAAACUUACACUAAUCUACCAGUCAUUUUAUUCAUUACUGGGCAGGAGGAUGCUUUUAUUAGUUCCAAUCGGUGUGUAUUCCAGAUCCAUGACAAGCCCACUUUCAUCUUGAGGUAAUCUACUCCCUCUUUUUAAACCACAAUAUGAAAACAUUUAAGGGAAACAUGUUAGUUUCCUACCAUAACCAGUUCCACUAACGGGAAACAAUUGAAGACAUUGGCCAGUUUAUUUCAGUGACAUACUAAGCUUUGAACCUUUUCAUGGUGGGAGUAUGGACAACUGUCAGUAAUACUUGAUUUAAAACCCUAACUCAAACAUAGGGAUUGUGUGAGGGGAAAUGUCAUCCACAUUUGACAAACUUAGAAUCAAAUUUAUGAAUAAAACCAAUGAAACUCUG